AUGGCUAGCAUGACACCUCUUCUUCUUCUGCUGUGGGUCUGUGUCACAGUGAGCGCAGGGGUGGAUCUCCAGAAGAGAAUCAUCGGAGGUCACACUUGUGGACCAGAAGAGCGUCUGUACCAUGUCAGAUUGGAAAUUGUUCAAGGUGUAAAUUCUUUCAGAUGUGGUGGCUCUCUUAUCAGUGACAGGUGGAUUCUGACUGCAGCUCACUGCUGGGAGCCAGGAGAGACUAUUUAUGCAGAAAUAGGUGUGCAUCAAGGUACAGGUGAACGUGUGAAAAUCCAAGAACAACCUGAGAUCUACUCUGAAAAAGACAAGGACAACAAAAUUAAGUCCCAUGACAUCAUGCUACUGAAGCUGGACAAAGCUACAACGAUUAAGCCUAUAGUCCUUCCUGAAUGCCUUACAGAACCUCCAGCAGGGAGUGAAGUUCAGAUUGCAGGUCACGGUCGGAGUGCUGUAGACAAGAAUAUGAUAAUGUUGAAGCAGUACCCAAAUACUCUCCUUUGUGCCGAAUUGAAUGUUGUUUCCUGCAAUUCAAUUAAAGUUCCGUUGUUCAUCCGACACCCGUAUGAAAACUGGCUCUGCCUUGAUCAAAAAGGGAAAGACUCAUGUCGGGGUGACUCUGGUGGAGGACUAGUGUACAAGGACAUGAUUUAUGGUAUCGUCAAUGGUGGUCAUCCAACAAUUGCAUGUCCAGGACAGCCAGUGGAAAUCAAAGCACCUCCUGAGAUCUACACAGACACUGGCAAAAACAACAAGGAGAGGUCCUAUGACAUCAUGCAGCUGAAGCUGCCUAUUCCCACUCAUAUUUGA